CAAAUUAAAGCCAUUUCAACAUUUCAUAGGAGAAUCAUCUUUAAAAAUAAACUAUUUAAACUAAAAUUGGGAAAAAUAUGUAAAACACAGUAUAAAUGCUUUUUAUGAAGUACAAUAAUACUGGCAUUUCUCGAAUAAAAUGAAAAUAGUAUUUAAAGGGUAACCUUAUAGCUGAGAGUGGUGUUCUACUGCGUGUCCUCAUGAAAUGCAACGUCCAUGAGCUCGCUCACUUGAGCGACCAGCCUUGUGUUAUUGAGGGGAGACUGAACUACAAAAAAGUCUCAAAUGGGGGUUAUCGCAAUCAAGCCGUGUUCAAGGAGAGGUGGUUUCGGCUCAUCAACAAUUACUUGUUCUACUUCAAAAUAAGUGAGAUGGGCAAGUUUGAUACAAAGAAUCCGGCUGGUGUCUUUGUUAUGGAGAACUCGUCUAUUCAGAUGGAGCAUGGGCCAAAUAUAUCAUUUUCUUUUUCUAUAUCUUUUAUCGACGAGCCAGAGAAGCGACACGUGUUUGCGGCGCGCGCUGAGGACAACGUCGUGCAGUGGGUCAUCAAGCUGCGCGAGUGCUCCUACGAGUACCUGCGCGAGCGCCUGCACACGCUGCAAUCCAAAAUAUACUCUAUUACUGGCAAGGACCCUCUACUACUAGUGCCGCGCAACGAGGGCGCGUGUCUCUGGGCGCCGGCCGUGCCCUUCUCCACGGCCCCCGCCUGCACCGUCAACAGCGGCUCCUUCAGCUGCCACCUGCACACCAGCAGCGCGUUCACGCUCGAGCGGAGCAAGUCCGACGCGAACGCGCAUAGACAUUUACGCACGAACAAUUCGACUUUUUACACCGAACAAACUAGUGACGAACACAAAAGUGAUACGAAAAUUUUCUCCCUGGAAAGGAGCAAAACGUCCGCGAUGUUUAAAAGUCACAUCGAGUCUCUGGAGGGGUCGAUAUUCGACAGCGGUAAGUCGAGCGCGAGUUGCGCGCCUCGUCCUCCGGUGCGGAACCGGCUGUGCCCGUCGGGGUCGGGAGCCCCGCGGCGCGAGGUCGGCGCCGACGUGCAGGCGCUGGCGGCCAGCGGGCGGCGGCGGGGCACGGCGGGCAUCCUCGGCGACGCGCCCGUGCCGCCGCGCCGCAAGGCCGAGCCCAAGCCACACCCACAGCCACAUCUUACCAGCGACAGUAGGCGACCGCAGGAAUCCGAAGAUCUUAUUCAAUUUUAGUCUAUUUGUAAUACUAACGUCCCAAGUACCCCACCUAGUUAAGUUACGGCACGCAGGCUUUUGUUGGUGUAGAGAUUAUAGAUAGGGUUUUUAAUAUAAUACUAAGAAAUUGUAUUUUGCCAGAUUUGUGAUAUUUGUAUAGUAGAAGAUUGUAUGAUAGAGCUUUGUUCGUAUUCAUCUAAAAAAUGAUUAUUGGUAUUUUUAUAUAAAAUUUGUAUCGUAUUUUUGUAACAUAUAAUAUAGCAAUAUUACUGAGGGCCCAUAUAAUCUUACAUGUAUUACCGAGAAACUUGUUAGGAACGUUUAGUUCAGCAAGGAAAGAGGAAAGUAGAAAUGUUCAGUAUUCUAGUCAAUGUACCCAGAACACAUUUGUCUAUAACGUGCUGCCUGCUCUAUUAAUCAACAUUAAUUAAUUGUAGAAAGUAUUAAACACGAGGCAUUUAUCGAACACUUGUUAUUCAUACAAGUUGUAUGUCAAUUUUGUCGUAACCUAGCUUUAUUUUGUUUCUACCUCUGUUAUAACAAUUUAUCCUUAUUCGUCAUUAGAUUACAAUAUUAAUGUGUAAAGCUUAGAGCACAUUUGCUUGUAAAAAUACACGACUAUAUCACAGUUUACUUUAAGUUUUAGUUUGUAUUGACUACUCAGUGCUCCUUAAUUUAUGAUAAAACCACAAUGCUUGUCAAGUUUAGUAAAUAAUCACUAAUUGUGAAACCCUCAUUCAAAUAAUCUGAAGUUGAAAACGAUUCGUUACAUUGUGCUGUAAAAUCAAAAUCACCAUUAUUAUCUUAUCAUCAUUCUGUCCAUAAUUCGCACUAAUAAUGUCAUAAUAGUUUGUCUGCAAUUUAGACAAUCUAAGACUUGCUUAGUUUGUUAUUUAACUAUACAAAUCAACUUAUCUUCCUUACAGUUUUUUUCCAAGUUACUUUUUCCUUGUAUGUAUUUUUGAUAUAACUCUGUCGAAUCAUGCCAGUUGAGGAAAAUAUAUAGGUAACCAAAGCGCGUUUUUAGUAACUAGUAGCCAUGGCCUAAUCAGAUACAUUAAGAGGAAAGUGGACGACCGCCUCUCCAUAAAAACGUAGGCCCCGUUUUCCUUUCUCGAUAUUUAAUUUAUGGUAAAUAUUUUUACACAAUUUGAUAACAAUUUUAAUGUAUUGACUUGUAAAAGAGCCAUUGAGGCCUACUGAAUACAUUUAUGAAUUUGAAUUUGUUUAAAUUUUAAUAUUAUAUUAACCAUUUUUGAUUAUUACAAGAAUUAGGAGCGAAAAAUAAAUUCCAUGCAAUUUUUUAAAGCUCUUCUCUUUAAUAAUUAGAAAAAUGGGGACGUUAGUACGGAGAAGCAAGCGGUCGCGCGCGGUCGUUCAUAUUCGUCUUAAUGGGAAUUAUGAGAGUUGAGUUUGCUUGCUUUGCGCCUACCAGGUAAAAUGUUCAAUCUAAAUGAAUGUCAACUAAAUUUCAUAUUGUAUUUAUAUCUGAAAUCAAUUAAUGUUUAUUUGAUUACCAACGUUAUUGCGUUCAUAUAACGUUUUUAUAAUAAGUAGGUAAUUAAUCAUUGUGACGUGUGACGAGGAAACUGUAACUUUAUUGGAAAAAAUUACCUUAUCUCGAUGUUUCAAGGUUAAAAGAUUGCCUAUUUUGGUAGGCACCAGUUUAAUAUUGAUUUACAUGCAACAAACAAUGUUAUGUGUAGGUAUUAUUGUUCCGGCCAAAUUUCGAUUAUAAUAUAAGCCUAGUAUUAGCACAAUGUCAAAACUUCAGCGUAGGAAGAUGUUAAUUAAAAAUUGGAAUUCUCUCAACUGACUCCACAAGACAGGCCUAGACUAGUGUGGAGAUCAUAGG